GGGCAGGGAAGCAGAGAGGGGCUUAACCUUUUAUUGGUGCAAAUGCAGCAGAAGCCUGGAGACAAAUUACCCUAUGUUGGGAUUAGCCUGAAAAGAGGUGAAAUUGAAUGACCUGAAAAUGGAUGGGUUUUCUCCUGCGUUACCAGUGACCAUUUUAGAACAGGCUGCAUUACAGCUAGGAUGCAGCCCAGCAGAUAAGAAACUUGCUUUUCACUUAGAUGAAGAAGAUGAACUAAACCACCUUCGCGAAUGUUUCUAUAUCCCAAAAGUCAAUGAUCUGCCUCCAACUGACCCAAGUUUAGUAAAUGAAAAUGAAGACUGCAUAUACUUUUGUGGGAAUUCUCUUGGGCUCCAGCCAAAAAAAGUUAAAACUUACCUGGAUGAAGAACUGGACAUGUGGGCUAGAACAGGUGUUCAUGGCCAUUCCAAUGGUAAACGCCCAUGGAUAUUAGCAGAUGAGUGCAUUGUGGAGCUUAUGGCUAAUAUAGUUGGGGCUCAUAGAGAUGAAGUAGCCUUAAUGAAUGGUCUCACUGUUAAUCUUCAUCUGCAAAUGUUAUCUUUUUUUAAGCCCACUCCAAGUCGCUAUAAAAUUCUUCUAGAAGCCAAAGCAUUUCCCUCUGACCACUAUGUUGUUGAAUCUCAGCUUCAAUUGCAUGGACUUGAUGUGGAAAAAUGCAUGCUCAUGAUACAGCCCCGAGAGGGGGAGGAGACCUUGAGAAUUGAAGAUAUCCUUGCUGUAAUUGAGAAGGAAGGAGACUCUGUUGCUGUAAUUCUGUUCAGUGGUGUGCAGUACUAUACAGGACAGCUGUUCGACAUCCCCAGAAUAACAAAGGCUGGUCAAGAAAAGGGUUGCUUUGUUGCCUUUGACCUGGCACAUGCUGUUGGUAACGUAGAACUUCAUUUACACGACUGGGGAGUAGAUUUUGCCUGUUGGUGCUCCUACAAGUAUUUAAAUUCUGGAGCAGGAGGCCUGGCAGGUGCUUAUAUUCACAGGAAACAUUCCCAGACUAUAAAACCAGCGCUAGUAGGCUGGUGGGGCCAUGACUACAAAACACGGUUUCUCAUGGAAAACAAAUUACAGCUAAGUCCAGGAAUCAAUGGAUUUCGGCUAUCAAAUCCUCCAAUUUUGUUAGUCUGCUCUCUACAUGCAAGUUUAGAGGUUUUUGGUCAAACUACAAUGAAAGCACUGAGAAGGAAAUCUAUUCUUCUUACUGGUUACUUGGAAUACCUGAUAAAGCAUCACUACAGUAAGGACAAAGCAAAUCCAGAGAAACCUUCUGUAAAAAUUAUUACACCACCUCAGAUUGAGGAAAGGGGAUGUCAGCUCACUCUAACUUUUUCUGUUCCAAUCAAAUCUGUAUUUACAGAGCUGAAUAAGAGAGGAGUAGCGUGUGACAUGCGAGAACCAAAUGCUCUUCGUGUCGCCCCAGUUCCUCUCUACAAUUCUUUCCAUGAUGUGCACAGAUUUAUUGAAAUCCUGGGAUCUGCAAUUACAUCUUCAAAACAAAGAGCAAGCAAUACUGCACUAUCCUGUUCUUAUUGAUGGCUCAGCUGUAUCUUUUAAUCUAUUUUUGACUAAGAUGCAUUUAUCCUUUUGAGCGAUUCUGUGCUUCUAGUAGGUUAGCCUACAUUCCAUGCAAUUUGCAAAAAAAAAGACUGUGCUUGAAUAGUUAUUUACAACAGACAUACAUUUUAUUAAAGCUCAUAUUUCCACUCUGCUUUGACUUUGAUUCCAUGAAUUAGCAUGCUUUGUACAUUUUAAUGGGGCUUCUCUAAACAUUUUAUAUAGUUUUAUUCCAUUAGGCUUGAGAAGUACAGAUGAACUGUUAUAGACCACAAAAAAUAAAAAUCCUUGUUGUACUGUAAUAAUGUGAUGGAUGGAACAAAGAAUGGAAAU